CCGGGCCCCGCCCCGUGCCGCCGCAGCCGUCGCCUCGCACCGGUCUCCGCCGCCCUGUGCCGAGCAGUGUGGUUGGCGCUGCUGCUGCUGGAAGCCGAGGGCAGCGCCGUGGGAGCCCCGCGUCGCCGCCGCCGCCGUGCCCGCUGCUCCUCCGCGGCACCGCUGGGGCAGGCGGGAGCGCCGGACAAGCCGCUGCAGGCAUCCAGGUACCGCUCCUCGGCGGAAGAUUCCCUUCUGGUGACUGGGACGGGCAGGGCGCCCGGCCGUCCCGUAACAAAGGGCCGCUUUGAACUGCAGUUUCGGGGAGAGCCGGCGGAAAGUUUUCCCUUGGGGAGCUUGCGGGAAGGCAGGGCUGCAGGACCAGGACUAUGUCCACCAUGGUGUACCCAAGGGAGGAGAAACUGGACAAGCUGAGCCAAGAGGAGAUCAUUUCCAACACCAAGCUGGUGAUGCAGGGCCUGGAGGCGCUCAAGAACGAACACAACUCCAUCCUGCACAGCUUGCUGGAGACCAUCAAGUGCCUGAAGAAGGAUGAAGAAGCCAACCUCGUGCACGAGAAAUCCAACCUGCUCCGCAAGUCGGUGGAGAUGAUCGAACUGGGGCUUGGAGAAGCUCAGGUGAUGAUGGCGCUGUCCAACCACCUGAACGCGGUGGAGUCGGAGAAGCAGAAGCUGCGUGCUCAGGUGCGGAGGCUGUGCCAGGAGAACCAGUGGCUGCGCGACGAGCUGGCCAACACCCAGCAGAAGCUGCAGCGCAGUGAGCAAACCGUGGCUCAGCUGGAGGAGGAGAAGAAGCACCUCGAGUUCAUGAACCAGCUGAAGAAGUAUGAUGAGGAUGUCUCACCUUCGGAGGAGAAGGAGGGCGACUCCACCAAGGACUCCCUGGAUGAUCUGUUCCCAAAUGAGGAGGAAGAACAUGGUCCUGGAUUGCCCCACCAGCACAGCAGCGCGGUGGCGGCUGCGCAGCAGGGAGGCUAUGAGAUUCCCGCACGCUUGCGCACCCUCCACAACCUCGUCAUCCAGUACGCCUCACAGGGACGCUACGAGGUGGCUGUGCCUCUCUGCAAGCAGGCGCUGGAGGACCUGGAGAAGACAUCAGGCCACGAUCACCCCGAUGUGGCCACCAUGCUCAACAUCCUGGCGCUAGUGUACAGGGAUCAGAAUAAAUACAAAGAGGCAGCACACCUCUUGAACGAUGCUCUCUCCAUCCGUGAGAAGACCCUGGGCAAAGACCACCCAGCGGUGGCUGCAACUUUGAACAAUCUGGCUGUUCUCUAUGGCAAGAGGGGAAAGUACAAAGAAGCAGAGCCACUGUGCAAGCGAGCCCUGGAGAUCCGUGAGAAGGUCCUAGGCAAAGACCAUCCCGAUGUGGCCAAGCAGCUGAACAAUCUGGCCCUGCUGUGCCAGAACCAGGGCAAGUAUGAGGAGGUGGAGUACUAUUACUGCAGGGCCCUGGAGAUCUACGAGAGCUGCCUGGGUCCUGACGACCCCAACGUGGCCAAGACCAAGAACAACCUGGCCUCCUGCUACUUGAAGCAAAGCAAAUACAAAGAUGCGGAGGUGCUGUAUAAGGAGAUCCUCACCCGUGCUCACGUGAAGGAGUUUGGCUCCGUGGAUGAUGAACACAAGCCGAUCUGGAUGCACGCGGAGGAGAGAGAGGAGAUGAGCAAGAGCAAGCACAGAGACAGCGCUCCCUACGCUGAGUAUGGCGGCUGGUACAAGGCCUGCAAGGUUAGCAGCCCAACCGUGAACACCACCCUGAGGAACCUGGGCGCGCUGUACCGGCGCCAGGGCAAGCUAGAGGCAGCUGAGACCUUGGAGGAGUGUGCAGUUCGCUCUCGGCGGCAGGGCAUCGACCCAAUCAACCAGACGAAGGUGGUGGAGAUCCUGAAGGAGGGUGACGGCACAGAGAGACGUCGGAGCCUGGGUGGCGGCGUCAAGUACGAGAAUGCCACAGACGGUAGCGAGGAAGUGAGUAUGGGCGUGGAAUGGAGCGGGGACGGCAGCGGCACCCUCCAGCGCAGCAGCUCCCUGGGGAAAAUCCGCGAAGUGAUCCGGAGGAGCAGCGAGAUGUUGGUCAAGAAGCUGCAGGGCAACGGUCCCCUGGAGCCCAGGAACACCAGCAUGAAGCGAGCCGCCUCGCUAAACUACCUGCACAAGUCCAGCGACGCUUCCUUCGAGGGCACCCAAGGGCUCCGUGCGGAGAGCAGAGGCCUCAGCGCCAGCAGCAUGGAUCUUUCCUCCCACAGCUCCCUGCUCGCUUCCAACUGACCCCCCCCGCGGGUCCCCCCCUGCACUCAGCGCCUCGCCACGGCUUUGCGGGGCCGCAGCCGGCCCCCUCCCCACCUCCACCGCUCCCUUCCCAUCACAGUGCCCCCCUCGCUCCACCCCGGGGGUCCUGGCUGGCGGGGAGGGGGGCUGCAAGGAGCCCCUAGCUAGUUUGGGAUGGCGGGGGGCAUUGGGGACAGCAGGAAGGUAGGGUGCUGGUGGGGUGGGACGCCCCCCAGCACGUGGGGUGCCCCCCAUCCCCUGGAGCACUGGGAUGUCCCCCAUCCCCUGGAGCACUGGGGUGCCCCCCGCCACCCGGAGCCCCAGGCUGCCCCCAUCCCCCGGGGUGUCCCCAUUACCGGGAUGCCCCCCGACCACCCGGAGCCCCUGGGUGCCCCCCCAUCCCCGGGGCACCUCUAUAAGCCCCCAGCUUGCAGGAGAGGGCUGGGGGCUUAAAAUGGGGGCUGGGCGGGGGGCACGGCGCGGCGCCCGAGCUGUACUUUCCGAAAUAAAGCCCCCCCCCCCCCCUCCUUCCGUGGCUGCCGGGGUGUUUUAGGGGGGUAUUUGGGGAGGCGGCGCGCACCGGGGCGGAGAGCGAUGGUAUCGGAGGGGAUGACGACGGGAGUGGUGACGUCAUCAUGACGUCAGGAAGGGGCAGUUCUUUUCCGGAGCAGGGUGGAGCUGGAAAGGGGUUGGGGAGGGGUUGGGGGGGGGCGGGUAAGAUGGCGCGGAUCAGGCUGGAGGACCUGGACGGGCUGGGCGAGGAGGAGGAGGAGGAGGAGGAUGAAGGCGGGGGGGGGGAGGACGAGGGGGAGGGGGACGAGGAGGAGCGGGGCCGGCUGUUCGCGCACUGGGAGGCCGUGGCCAGCACGCACCGGGUGAGCCUGCCCCCAGACAUGGCCGGCCCCAUCGCCCAGAUGAACCGGCACAGCCAGGCGCGGGAGCCCGUGCCCCACGUCGCCCUGUCGCGACAUGGCAAGGGUUUUCUACGGGAUAACCACAGAGGAGACGAUUCUGCGGGAGAUCGGUCUCUUCUGGGAGCUCUUGGGCUCCACAGACGCCGUGCUCCGGGAAACCUACAUCGUGGCCGUUUACCAGAACCCCAGCAUCCCUCAGCGCCGCAAUGAGAUCUGGUUCAUCCGACGGGCAGAGUGAACCCUUGCGGCCGGUCCUGACCCAAAGGAGACGAAUGCACGUCCUCACCCGCCGCCCACCCGCGGAAUGACAGACUGGGAGACUGCGGGCUGGCUUUGCACCCUUGCCAGGGGGAAGCCUGCCUGCUCUGUGCUUCCCCUGCCCCUGCCGGGCCUGGCUGAGGCCGGGGCUGGCACCGAGGAGAGCCUCUGCAGGAGGCCGCUGGUGGGAAGCAUGCGGCGGUGCCCACGUAACCAUGAAGGCUCGUGCAGCGUGCUGGCAUGACCUGGGCUGCUCUCGGCCCUGAGCCGGGGCUGUAGAACUGAACCAGGCGGGCCGGUUGGCAGUCACGAGCCGGGGGUGUCCAGAGGGCGAGUGUGUGUACAAGGAGCAAGGCCCUGGACUCCGGUCGGCCUCCUGCAGGAGCAGCUGCGCUGAACAGAGCCGCUGAAGUGCUGCUACGGGGACAGAGGGACUCGAAGGGGGGAAAGGGCUGGCUGCCAGCACGAUGUGGAUCCCGAAUGUUUCCCACCGGGGUGGCUCUGUAGCCUGCUGGGUGCCUCCCUGGCUGUCACCCUCUGUCCCUCAUCUGGGACCGGGGCACUGGCAGCCGCCAGUGAUGGGUGCUGGAGCCGAGAGGGACGGGUCCCGCCUCGCGUCGCACCCCUGCCAGCGAGCUCCGCGCCCCCAGAUACUGUCGUGCUCUCCCGGGGGGAGGCCGGCAGCACUGAACAAACAGCAAAUAAACCCAGCUCAAACGCU